CUUCAACAGUAUUCAACAAAUCAUUCACCCUUGCACGUUGUCGGAUUUACUACGUCAAAAAUGCCACCUGGUCUACUGGAAAUGUCGGAACUUACUCGCCCGCUGGAAUCGGGUCACGACGCAGGAUUAGUCUCGAGCGUGCCAAUUUCACAAGAAUUCCGCUUUGCCUCGAUAUACGAAGAGGUGAAAAGGAUUCGGGACCAGACGACUCAAAACGAUGCUCCGAAGAGCAGUUGGCAGGCAGAAAGACCACAGAUGACUGGCCCGCUACAACCUACUUUCCUCGGCAAACCUCUCUUUGGAAACACGGAGUCCAGAUCCUCUUCUAUUUCGUCUCUACACCAUCCUCAGCCUGAAUAUCAUCCCGCUGGCCGACCUACCCUCGACGUCUUCGAAUCCCUCUCCGAUGUCGAUCCCAAAGGACUUGAACCGUUUCACAUCUUACCACCUCCACCACCUCCGCCGCCACCACCUUCUCCUACGUCUUGGUACCGACAUGCAAAGGCUCCGAUUCACUCGAGGCCCGACAUCCUCCGCUACGAUCAAGUCACACUCGGGCCGCCUUUUUCUCUCCGCGAUCCGCAGAAACUCACAAAUACACCCACGCGAGACUCUACCUCGUGCGGUCUGCAAACUCCGACGAAGUUCACGCCCAAACAGGAUAGAAAGCUUGAUGUCAUGUUCGAAACAGGAAUGGAAAGGCCGGAUAGUCCUUGGUCGGCGGAUUCGGGGAUCGAAAUCUCACCUCCUCGACCUGUCAAGCCUAGAUCGAAACCGAUCGGCGGACCUGGUCCGGGAGACGGGAAACGAACACGAGACUUCGAGGUGGAGCUAAGACUGGAGUUUGACGAGGGAGUUGGAUGGAUCGAAGAGGAUGAGCGGACUUGGAGGGCAACUUUCGGAAGCCCCGACCUCGGAGGUAUAUACGGGAAAGAUAUCGGCUCGGAGGGAGAGAUCACGAUUGAAGUGGAAGAGUGGUGUCCUGGCGGAGAAGCUUGCAGGCAUUACGAUGACCUUGUCACCACGGUACCUCAACACGAACCGUACGGCUGGAUACCAAUGACUCCACCGGGAGAGUUCGGUGGACUUGCAAGGGAUUACCCGCAGUACGAGUCGGGCUUCACUGUAGGAGGAAAGGAAGGAAUCGUUUUACCGGAUGCUAUCAUCGAACCUGAUACUCCAUCGGCAAGAGGGCCGCUGCCUCUGCAACCCCCGGCGAAUCUGCAAAGCACUAUACCUAGUCAAACCAUCCCGAUACCUCUCCACCAUAUGAAGCGAACGGCCUGCCCGUCAUAUCCGCUUGAGCCGCUCUUCGACCCCUUCAACCCGCCCCCUUCAGGCUUCGUUCAUCCAGACUUCCUACCGCUCCCGCUCAGCUUGGGCGCACCGAUGUUACUCCACUCGCCCGGACUUUCGCCUCGACCUCUGUCUUUUGAAAAAUACCUCUACCUUCAGGAUCACUACUCAUACAACGACCCGCUCCUUGGCAAAAAGGGCGCGUGGAAGUGCAGCUUGUGCGGUUGCGGAAGUCGAGAACCGCUCGGUUUCGUCCGUUCGGGUCCGUGGGAGACGCCGGUGGAAAUUAGCGAAUUGGGGAUGCCGAGCAAUAGGAUCAUGUUAUCGAGGUUGGGUUUCGAGGUGGAUUUGAAGAAGGACGAGCGGUUGGCGGAACGGCGUUACGCGAGAACUCAGCGGGGUCAGGGCCACGAGCUAGUCAAGCGGGGAAGGCUCCGAUCGGUCGACCCACGACCCAACCCGAAUUACAUCAAGCUCGGGCCUAGACGUAUCGUUGACACUGCGGAGAAAGAAGUACCGACGUCAAAGGUGACUUUGAACGAGGUCACGGAACGUCCUUCUACUCCAUGCGAUACCAUCGAGGUCGAUCUUGGCGCCAAUUGUGGCCGACACGCCAGACGACACAGCAGCCAGGGAAUAGUCAGUGCAAGGAUCGAAUGCGACUUGGAGGUGGAGGACGAGGAUAGAGAUUGAACCGACUGAAGAAGGGUUGCGUACUAUCACUUAUGGAGACUGGAUCUUACUGCACGGUCAUGAAAAAAGGACGACACGGGCGACAUCGCGCUGCUUUUACGGAUUUUGAUACGAAAAGGACGUUUAGGUUUACUGCUUCGAUCAUGCUUCAUGUUGCUUACCUAUGCUCAAUAUAUGAAUACUAUGUACAUCGC